UUUUAUAGGAAACUCCAUAAAUCAUCUGGAUUAUGAAACCCAGGAGGCUUCAGUGAAGUCUAAAUGUUUUGGAUUUGAUGUCAGACUUGUCUAACAGGACUGAAUUCAUAGACAUGCGCAGUAAAUGUUUGCAUGUGAUAAACACAUUGGAGCUGGGGGCGGGGGUUCAAACCUUAUGUGGAGCGGACCGGAAGUACCGUCUCACCUCCACUGCGUCGGGUUUUACCGGCGGCUCAGACAUUCACCGACUGACCGUCACAACAGCUGGGAACGGAUUUUCCGAGCCGUCCACCAUGAACAUGGUGGCAGUCCCCGCACCGGGAGGAUCACGCAGCCAGCGCGGCGGCAGCGGCGGCGGGACUCUCCGGGCUUAGACUUCAGUCUCACCGCCUGCCCUGCUUCGUCACAGACACAGCUCCUUCAGGGGGAAAAGGGUGGCAACCAGCGCCAGACGGAAGGGAACGCAGCUCUGCGCGCGAUGUGCCGCUGCUGUGACUCCCGCACGCCAGCAGGAACUCUCCAGACGCGGGGAACGGUCUGAGAUCAGAGGAUAAUCCCGCGGAGGGGCUCCGGGAGGGGGGCUCGUCUCCGUCUUUGCUGUGCGGGAAUGUGAGGGGAGGAAAUCCAGCCUUAUCUCCAAAUGAGCAGAGCCUCCGAACGCUCCUCAUUACGCAGGAAACACGGCCUUGGAAAGAUGGAAAAAGGACUCCAAAGUUUGGGAGCUGUUGCAGAGCGCGGCUUCCGCUGACGCUUUGCACAAGUUUGGCGUGGAUCUGAGCCGCAACAGUUAGCGCGGAGCGGAUCAACUGCGGCGCAGAGACCCUAAAGACGCGCGCUCGAACCCCCAGGCGCUGCAAGACUUUUGGAUCCUCAGCAUUUCUAGAGCGGCCGAGCCGCUGCUGGAGCUGCACCCGGGAGCCGCCGCCUGCACGCGCGCAACAAGUUGUAGGCUCUCCCGAGGUAAGCCCACCGUAAAGUUGUGGGUGGAAAAUUCCCUCAGCUCUUUCGGGAUCACGCGUGGCUGAACAGCGCACUCCUCCAGCAGCCGAGCCCCUCUGUGCGGAGAGCUGAAGGGGGCUUAACGGAGGAGAUCCGGGGAGGGAGUUCAGGAAAGGACGGGGCUGCAUCCGUGGGAAUAGGCCGGCAGGAGGAAGAGAUGUGAGCUGAGAACAUCAUGCAGCGGGAAUUACGCACCGAUCCACGAGCUGGAGCGGUAGGAGUGGGAGCUGAAGACGUUUUAAUUACAGGACAUUCACAUUUUAAUUAACUCAAUAAAUACCCCCCCUCCCCCACUCAUGCACCUUUGUUGAUUUGAGCUCUAAUGAUGAGAAAGUCGUUAAUCUGCUGAUCUGAUCCUUUGAGGUUUGUCCCAAACAAAUCCCGCUCCAGGACCGAGCACCUCCUGCAGCGCGGAGCCGCGCACAUCCGUUCACACCUUCAGUCCGCAUGGACGCGCACACGUUUCUUCUCCACCAAACUUUGUAACUCCAGCCUCAUCGACAUGUUGCGCGCGUGCAGAUGAGCUCAUUUCCAGCCGCGCGGCGUCCAACUUCGUAAAGAAAAGUCGCUGCAUCGCUGAGCAGGUGAGGGGGGGGGGGGGGCAGCGAACGUUUUACUGCAACAGGAGGGAGGGGUGGUCGCUGACGCAAACUCCAGAUUGGAUGAUGGUGGGGGCUCAAACAGCUGGACCCGUGCGUCGUGUGCGUGACAGCACCGGCUAGCGCGCGCGCGUACUCUGCGCCGUGCUCUCCAUCCACGCAGGGCGACUCUAAUAGGCUGUCCGUUUGGUCUUCAUCUCCUCAUCCUCCUCGCACGUGCACGCAUGGCGCCCGCGCAUCCCGUCUAGUUGCCUGACCGCCAACUGCUGGAAUCCGCGUCACGCCCGCCAACAUGGCCUCUCUCCAGCAGCACCGGCAGCUUCUCAUGCACGGCACGCAGGUGAACUGCGACUCCUGCGGGGACGGCGCCGUCACCGUGCGCAUCUCCAACAGCGCGCCACAAAGACGAACGCCGCCGAGAGCUGCUGACGGAGGGGGGGCUCCCCAUAAGGUCAACCCCGACCUCCACAAACUCAGCAUCUCUUCCAGCUGCAGCUCAGCUGACUCCAGGCCCGCCAUGACCCCCAGGGCGCGCGUGAAGGUGCCCCCGCUCUUUGAACGCUCUGCCGCUCAGUGUUGGGACCCCAAGUUCGACUCCCCCGUCCUGGAGGAGGCCUGUCAGGAGAGGUGCUUCUCUCAAAAGCAGCGCAGGUUCCGUUAUGUUCUCUUGUACCUGGCGGUGGCGUCCGGACUCUGGGGGGUGUACUUUGGGGUCUACAGUGACCGCUGCUGUCCCGCCACCUUCAUUGCCCCCACUGCCUCCUUUCUGGCCUUACUGAUGCUCCUCUUUUUGUUCACGUUCACCCGGCCGUACGUGUGGCUCUACAACCAGACCUCCCUGCUCCUCAUAGCCAUCACCUUUGCCAUCACCUUAGCCCCACAAAUACAGACUGCUGGUUACAGUCGGCUGGAAUGGCCAAAUGGCGGGAAUCUCUCCCAUGUGUCCGGGAGCAGCGUUCCCUGCAUCUCCCCCGUUGGGACCUUCUCCCUGUGCAUGGAGGUCCUGCUGCUGUUGUACAGCGUCCUUCAUGUCCGUCUGUACGCCUCAGUGUUGCUCGGCCUCCUUUAUUCCAUCCUGUUCGAAGCCCUGGGGUGGCUGCCGUUGCUCCAGAGCGGUUCUGGUGACACGGGACAGGGGUUGGAGUCAGUGGCCUCUGACUGGGAAAACGACACACUCCGCUGGCUGGGCCCAGCCAAAGGUCUACUUCACCUGUGCGCUCACGCCAUCGGCAUCCAUCUGUUCAUCAUGUCGGAGGUGCGUUCCCGUAGCACCUUCCUGAAAGUGGGCCAGGCCAUCAUGCACGGCAAAGAGCUGGAGGUGGAGAAGGCCCUGAAGGAGCGCAUGAUCCACUCCGUCAUGCCCAGACGAGUCGCAGACGAGCUGAUGAAGCAGGGCGACGAUGAGGGUGGCGGGGAGAAUUCUGGGAAGCGGUAUUCCUCGGGUGCCUGCUCUGCCUCGGCCGUGGCGGUGGCUGGUGCUGGAGGGGGUGGAGCUUCGCAAGCUCAGAGUGGCGUGAGCUCCAGGAAUAACCCACACAACAACCACAAGCAGAAGAAGACCUCCAUCCCCCGCGCACAGAUCAUAUUCAGACCGUUCAACAUGAAGUGCAUGAAGCCCGUCAGCAUCCUCUUUGCAGACAUUGUGGGCUUCACCAAAAUGUCUGCCAACAAGUCGGCUCACGCUCUGGUGGGCCUCCUCAACGACCUGUUUGGACGAUUCGAUAGGCUCUGUGAAAUAACCUGCUGCGAGAAGAUCAGCACUCUGGGAGACUGCUACUACUGCGUGGCGGGCUGCCCGGAGCCCCGGCCGGACCACGCCUACUGCUGCGUGGAGAUGGGCUUGGGCAUGAUCCAGGCCAUCGAGCAGUUCUGUCAGGAGACGUGCGAGACGGUCGACAUGCGCGUGGGAGUCCAUACUGGCACAGUCCUGUGUGGCAUACUGGGCAUGAAGCGCUUCAAAUUUGACGUGUGGUCAAACGAUGUCAAUCUCGCCAACCUAAUGGAGCAGCUGGGUGUGGCGGGCAAGGUGCACCUGUCGGAGGCCACGUCGCACUUCUUGGACGACCGUUACCUGAUGGAGGACGGACGUGUGGCAGAGAGAGCUGGGCAGAGCGUGAUGGAGAAACUCAAGGGUGUGAAAACGUACUUGAUCUCCGGAAGGAAGCUUGGUAACAAUGUGCACUGUGGCUGCUGUCAGGUGGGACUGGCAGGGGGGGCGCUGGUAAGUCUGCCAUUGUGCCCUCAGUCGCGCACACCGGACCUCAUCCCUGGAGGUGCGCACGCUGCCGAAUCCCAGCUCCCCCACCACAUGGCAGAUAGGACGGCGGUUCCUUGUGUGUUCCCCAGCAUGGCGCUGUCAUCGGUUGCAGAGCGCAGUGACGAUGCGACCGUGCUGAACGGCUGCCAGGAAGAACACAAGUGCAGCAGCGUUAAGUUCGUCCCAGGUCACAGUCCCAGGACCGCCAACGGCCUCUUGGGCCCCAGACUGGAGGAGCCCGUUCGUGCGAGCCACAGUUCCCUGUGUGACAUCCUUCAGGAGAAAGAGAAGAAGACCAGCACGACCGGUACCAGCCUGGGCCUGGCCGGGGGCAGCGGGGCAGCGGGCCCCGGCAUGGAUCACUCUGCCCUCAUACAGCUGCGGGCCAAGAACUACAAACGCAAAAGCGACGCCCACUUUGUGGACGUCAUCAGGGAGGACAGUUUGAUGAAGGACAACUUCUUCAAACCUCCCAUCAACAAAUUCAGCCUGAACUUUCUGGAGAGACCCCUGGAAAAGGCCUAUCGCAGCAGCUACAAAGAGGAGGUGAUGAACCAGGUUGAGGUGCAGACCUUUGCCAGCCCAACCUUCAGCUCCUUCCUGGAUGUCCUGCUGGGCUGUUUCGUCUUCUUGGCCCUGACCCUGGCCUGCUUCCUGCCGUCUCUGGCGAGCUCCUCCUCCACCAUCGCCUCUGCCGGAUCCGCCGCCCUGGUCUUGGCCCCCAUGGCCGGUCUCCUGGAGCUGACCUCGCUGGUGCUCUCCAUACACAUCACCUUCUUUCUGAAGGAGCUGAUGACCUGCGCUGGCUCCGUGCUCACGGUGGUUUCUGGUUGGCUGUUCCGUCACGUGAUCGGAGCUGUGUUGGUGUCUCUCCCCGCCGUCUCGGUUUUGUCCCACCUCACCCCAUCUCACCUUCCCUUUCAGGUUACAGUGUUUCUCUGCUGUGCUGCCAUCCUCGCCAUCAUUCAGUACUGUAACUUCUGUCAGCUGAGUUUUUGGAUGCGCUCAGCUUUGGCCACUACUACAGGGGUCACUCUGCUCCUAUUGCUGAACCUGGGCAGCUGGAGGAAUAACAGCGUGCCAGUUGAUGGACUAAACACUUCUAUGUCGACCCUGGAAGUAUGCCAAUCCAGCUCCGGCGCUUCUCGUUGUCUGUUUGACCUUUUGGUGCCAGAGGCCGUCCUGGCCUUCUUCUUACUUCUUCUUCUGGUCUGGUUCCUUAAUCGGGAGUUUGAAGUCAGUUACCGUCUCCAUUACCAUGGCAACGUGGAGGCCGACAAGCACCGUGCCAAAAUCCAAACAAUGCGAGACCAGGCGGAGUGGCUUCUCGGCAACAUUAUCCCGAUCCAUGUUGCCGACCAACUCAAGGUGACCCAGAGCUACUCCAAGAACCACGACAGCGUUGGUGUGAUCUUUGCCAGCAUUGUUAACUUCAGUGAGUUCUACGAAGAGAGCUACGAGGGAGGAAAAGAAUGCUAUCGGGUCCUUAAUGAGCUAAUUGGAGAUUUUGAUGAACUCCUUCGAAAACCUGAAUUCAAAAGUGUGGAGAAAAUCAAGACGAUUGGCUCCACCUACAUGGCGGCGUCAGGCCUGAACGUUCAGCAGCUGGCAGAGACUGAAGACGAUUGUCCGCAUGCACACCUGAGGGCGCUUUUUAACUUUGCCCUGGAGAUGAUGGGCGUCCUGGACGAUUUUAACAAGAACAUGCUGGGCUUUGGUUUCAAGCUUCGCAUCGGCUUCAACCACGGACCUUUGACGGCCGGAGUGAUCGGCACCACCAAGCUGCUCUAUGACAUCUGGGGAGACACAGUCAACAUUGCCAGUCGAAUGGACUCCACAGGUGUGGAGUGUCGGGUGCAGGUGAGCGAGGAGAGCCAUACGGUGCUCAGUGACAUGGGCUUAGACUUUGAAUACAGAGGAACUGUGAAUGUUAAGGGCAAAGGCCAAAUGAGGACUUUCCUUUACCCCAAAAGUGGAGACAGUGCUUUCCAGGAUGGGACUGAGAUGGGAGCAGGAGGUGGACAUUUGUCCAUGUCAGUGCCUGUCAAUCAGACUGAGGUGUCUUCUUUCCAGUUGGGAGCUCCUCCAUCUUCGUCCCCCUGUCCCCUUUCCUCUUCUCUUUCAGUGUUUGUCCCUGAAUUUCAAUGCACUUUAAGGCCUGCUUUGGCCGGGGUGGAGUCUGGACCGGCCAAGUCCACUGAGGUGAGGAAUGUAGGACACAGAGAUGCAGAGAAAUUACAUCAGCAGUCCUCGAAAACAGACUUUCCCACCCCUUCCCAUUCUGAGCAAGCGCCAGGAGCUAGCGCUGCUCCUCUUGCACUCCAGGAGGAAGAAGUGGAAGAAGAAGAAAGCAACGAGCUCACAAAACUCACCGAGGAGUUUUUUGCUCGCCUCUGAUCCCUGGUGUUUCUUGUGCUGGACUGUUAACAAAUAAGGGCAGGUUGUCUCUUCUUUGGAGUGCGGUAUGAUGGACAUGGACAUCAGCGAUCUGACUAUCCUCAUGGAGGAGGAGCCUCCGUUCCACGGCGGAUCAUGGUGGGUCAGAUCUGUGUGGAGCACAGUAGAUUAAAACAGCAACAAAGGGAUUAAAAAGGUUCAGAGGGAAGGUUAUUUUUGACGUUGUUCGUGAUUUGUCUUGAUAAAUUUUCAUUAAGUGCCUUAAGGACAACAGUGAACAAAGGAAAACAAGUUUUAAGAACUUGAGGCCGCAAGCCAAGUUGUGGUUUCUUACUCCAUGCUUUUCAAGUAUUUCUUUACAAAUAUUUACUGUCGUGUCAUGCCAGUUUUUUUUACUUGAUCAAAUUUUUUACAUCACUUGAGGGAAUUGUUUUAAAUAAAAGCCAGUGCAGUAUAAUGGGUUGGGCAGGAAAUAAUGGGAAAAGGGGGGGAAUUGCAUAAAGCUCACUAAUCCAGAUGUUCUGCUUUGAUGUGAGAACUUAAAUGCAGUAUUCACGGAUGCUUGGGUUCCAUUUUCAAGAAGAUGCAUAAAAGCAAGCUCCAUCCAAUAUCAUUUGAGUAGUAGCUACAUGCACAUCAAGCACAGCUCUUGCACAUUGUUUUUCAACCACUUGUUGUGGGUAGUUAUUACCAGUAUUUGCUUCUAAUUAGGAUUAGGAAAAGUUUUUAAAUCCAACAAUAAAAUGUAAUUUAAAUGAGGUCACGUGGAUCUGUAUGAUCUGCAUAAAAGCCUAAAACAAUAAAGAAAACAAUAAAGCACUUUAGACAUGCUGAGUAAAUGUACACUCCGUCUUUUAAAUUUACAACUUUCUCCCUUUUGUCAGUGAAAAGAUGUGCUGUCAAACCUAAAUUAAAACUACUAAUUCAGAAAGUAUAGUAAUCUGCCUCUGAGGACAUUAAGACCCCCAUACCUUACAGUAUCGUCUCCCACAACCAUUGACUGUAUACAAGGACUGGACUAAGUGACUCCUCCCCCCUGGCGUUCUAAACAUGAAGUGGCUUUAAGAAGCCAAAAUUCCAUAGACGUCAAUAGAGAAAAAAACAGUUAUUCAGUCCUUCUAUUGGUCGGAAUAACCGUUCUGUAUCUGAUACCUUUUUUUAACAUCUUGGUAAUCCUCUUUUCUUUCAUGGUAUAUUUUUAAAGUUCAAGUUAUAAACUGACCAAUCAGAUGUCUCAAUAAAAGUAGGUGGAGCCUGCUGGCUCCCAUGUCCAACAUUCAAAACCUUUGACAGAUUUUGUGCAGCCCAUUUUCAAAUGGUAGGGGUGUGGCCUUCCAACAAGCUCACUCCUGAUUGACGAAAGUGGUUCCCAUAGAAACAUUGGCUCGGACUGAUUUCUGCUCACUGAUGAUGUCUGGCUCCAACAUGGCGGCAUCUGUAUCGUGAAAAAAUUGCGACUGAAUUGACUUUUUGGUUGGAGCCUGGAGUAAAGCAUUUUCAGUGGAUGACAUCACUCUGACUCGGUCCAGUUCUCACAUACAGUGAAUGCCUACAAGCCACCAUGAUCGUCAAGAAACACAAACAGUUUGGAAUGCAAGUUUAAAAAGGGACAAAUAAUGUAAAAGACACUUUUUUGUUUGUGAGUUUUUCUUUUGCGUUUUUAUUUAGCUUUUCUAUGCAUUUUCAAUUGGAGAGAAAUAAUUAAAUAAAUGGAUUAGAUCUGUGCAGAACUCCAAUACACUUAUAAAGUACUAAAAAUGUGUUCUCUUGAAAUUAUUGGAAAUAAAUCAAUGCUGGCCUUUAGGAGGAAUUGGGUGUUUCAAACGGAUUGUUUAAUAGACCUGCUUAUUAAAAGGAGCAUUAAAAUGAAAGUUUAGAAUGGAGUGGGAAAGGGACUAUCGCUUUGUACUUGGAGUGACUUCACAUCAAGGCUACACAGACUGGGCAGUCCUGUGAUUAAACGCUAAGGUUGUUUAUUAUUUGCCUUCGUGGGGGAAAAAGAAACCAUUUGGUGAUGCUUUUCUAACGAUGCGUCACGCAUCAAGCGUGUCCCCUGCCUUUUGGUGUGUGACUUGAGUCGACGGGUUGCUACUGUUAUAGUCUAUCUCCAAGUGGAACCGUCUACUGUAUCAAUGUCGUGCCACUUUAACUGAGUGUUCCCUGGGUGCAGCGCAACCUGAACUACUUGAUUGUGUUAUGGUGCCUACAUAAUGAGUGUAUUAUUCUUUAAGACAGUUUCAGUGAGCUUGUUUGAAGUCAUCCUGUUGUUGUACUGAGGAUAGUGUAUGAAUGUAUGUCACAGAAAACGCUCCGACAAUGAUUUCCACAACUUUUAAUUGGACAAAUGUUUCCCUGAAUGUUUCUUUUGUAUCUUUUCCAGAAGCUAAAAUGGUGUGAAUAAUUGUCUGGCUGUGUUCAGUGAUCUAAACUUAGUUUGUGCUUUUGUCUUUGCCCUUCAACGCACUUCCCUACAAUCUGUUCAUAUCUACAAUACAUUUCACUAAAAAUGAACAGUAGAAAAGCUUCACCAUUCGGUUAAGCCACCCUUCAGCUCCCGUUUAAACUGUUCGUUGUCUGUACAGAAUCUAUAGGUUGCAGAAUGUGAAAAGGAAUGCAAAAGAAUAUUUAGGUUUUCUCACCUCGCCCUCUGGAGGAGGGUCAACCUCCGUGUCCCAGUGUCUUUUCUGUAGAACAACGUGGCCCUUUGCAAAGAUUGAGAGAUGAUUCAAGUGAUGGGCGUCCAUCUCUGCUUUCCAGGCUGUCAUCUGCAGAAGGCUUUGCUUUCCACUGCCAUUGUGUAUUGUGAACAACCAGUGCCUUUUAAUUUGGUGAAUGUUUCAUUUGUGUGUGUAAGCUGUGGUUAUCACAACGCUUCAUCCAUGUCGCAUAAAUACAAAAACCCAAAGAAGCAACAAUCACUGUAGCCCGAGACUAAAAAAGUAUCACUACAAGCACAAAAUUAAGAAUAUUUGGUAUUAUUAAAAUUAAUGUUUUUGCCAAACAUUAAGAACCAACUAUAUCUGACAGAGACGCAUUAGUGUCACUCACCGUUCUGCCUUAUGUUGUCACGUGAUGGUAGAGUUUCGGACUACAGGGUCUCUACUCAGACCAGUUUCCCAUUGCUGAUGCCGACGUUCCCCUGCACUGCACGUUUUUUUAAACCAAGCAUGCCUGAUGAAGCUCAUCAGUUAUGCAACGACCUGAUAUCCAGUCAGUUGUAUGAACCAGACAAUAGGAAAACGCAACUAUUUUUCAAAUGUCGCCAACUAGGACGCACCAACCAGACGCACAAUGCCAGAAGCAGCACAAAAAUGAGCACUGCCAGAUCAACACUGUUUGCGUGUAAGCUGUUGGGUUUCUUCUUCAUUGGAUGACAUUGUUCCUCUGAGUUUAAAAUCUUUAUUCAUGAUCCUUUUAUUUAAUUUCAUCACCACUCUUUUCAGGUUUAUGCUGGACAUGAAACAUGGAACUCUGACACGAAACCCAUGGUGGUGAAUGACAGGGUGUGUUUUUUCUAUAAAGGUGGUAAAAAUGUUGGUAAAGAAAAAAAAACAGCAGCUUUGUGAAUCAGUGAUAGAUUUGUUAUUUCUCUUGUUGAAAUAGUUUGAGUGGAAUUUAAGACAGAAAAAUAAAGGGAAAAUGUGAAAUGGUAUAGUCUGAGGGCUUCAAAAAACACACACAAAGAAAACCGCUCUAUGGCGUUUCAUACUUAGUACAAGGUAUUCAAUGAGUUUGGGGCACAGGUUAGACAGUGUUUGCAUUACAGUGCAUAUGAUUUGUGUUCAUGAAUGAAAUGUAAAUUGUUUGUUUUGUGCAUGUUAUCCAUGUAUCGACUAUCAACACAUAAUCGUAAUCUACACACAUUUGCACAAAGCACUCCGUGUUUUUACAGUUAUUUUUGUCACAGAUGAUUUUUAUACAUUGUGCAUGUGACAGAUUUUAUCCAAAAAAAAAAAGAAAAAAUACUGAUUUACUGUGAGUCUGUAUGUGUAAGUGUUGAAAAGAUUUUCUCCCCUUUUUUUUCCAACAUGAGAGAAAUAAAUCUUUAAGAAGAAA